AUGGCUGAUAACAACGAAAACGGAGAGCCAAAACUUUCGAAGAAGGAGUUGAACAAAUUGGCGCGAAAGGCCAAGAAGGAAUCAUUAGCUGCUGAGAAAGGAAAUGCCCAGCAGCACCAGGGAGAUGGUGACCAAGAAGAUUAUUCAAAAGAUCUCUAUGGAUCGUAUGGAUUGGUGAAUUCCAAGGAAAAGAAGGAGUUGAACAUUAUCCGCGUCAAGGAUGUGACUUCUGCCGUCGCCACGCAAGAAAUUUGGGUGCGCGGGCGUGUUCACACCACUCGAUCAAAAGGAAAGAAUUGCUUCAUCGUUCUUCGCCAAGGUGUCUACACCGUUCAGGUCGCCAUGUUCAUGAACGAAAAGAUCAGCAAACAAAUGCUUAAAUUUGUCGCCUCAAUUUCCAAAGAAUCGAUUAUUGAUGUGCACGCGGUUGUGAACAAAGUGGAAAACGCUGUUGAGUCGUGCACGCAACAAGAUGUUGAGCUUCUUGCCAACCAAGUCUUCGUCGUCUCCUCAUCGGCACCGAAACUUCCACUUCAAAUCGAGGAUGCGUCGAGAAAAGCGCCAACUGACGAGGAGAAGGCCAACGAUAAGGAGAACAAAUUGGCGGUGGUCAAUUUGGACACGAGAUUGGACAAUAGAAUUCUCGAUCUUCGCACCGCCACCUCGCAAGCCGUUUUCCGCAUUCAAGCGGGCGUUUGCAACCAGUUCAGAAACAUUCUUGAUUCUCGCGGAUUUGUCGAAAUCAUGACCCCGAAGAUCAUCUCGGCUCCGAGUGAGGGUGGCGCCAACGUGUUUGAGGUCACUUACUUCAAAGGAUCCGCUUAUCUUGCUCAAUCCCCGCAACUUUACAAGCAAAUGGCGAUCGCCGGCGAUUUCGAAAAGGUCUACACGAUUGGACCAGUGUUCCGUGCCGAGGAUUCGAACACUCAUCGUCAUAUGACUGAAUUUGUUGGCCUCGAUCUGGAAAUGGCAUUCAAUUUCCAUUAUCACGAGGUUAUGGAGACUAUCGCUGACGUUCUGACUUCCUUGUUCAAGGGACUCCAGCAAAACUUCCAGGACGAGAUAUCGGCUGUUGGACGGCAAUAUCCAAGCGAACCAUUCCAAUUCCUCGAGAAGCCAUUGAUCUUGAAAUAUCCAGAAGCGAUCGCGAUUCUUCGCGAAAAUGGAGUCGAAAUUGGCGACGAGGACGAUUUGAGCACGCCGGUCGAGAAGUUGCUCGGAAAAUUGGUAAAGGAGAAAUACAAGACCGAUUUUUAUGUGCUUGACAAAUUCCCAUUGGCGGUUCGUCCGUUCUACACGAUGCCGGAUGCGAAUGACCCGAAAUACUCGAACAGCUACGAUAUGUUCAUGAGAGGGGAGGAAAUUUUGUCGGGAGCUCAGCGUAUCCAUGAUCCGGAAAUGCUCACCGAACGCGCUAAGCAUCAUGGUGUCGACUUGGCCAAGAUCCAAGCCUACAUCGAUGCUUUCAAAUAUGGAUGCCCACCUCAUGCCGGUGGUGGAAUUGGUCUCGAACGUGUUACUAUGCUGUUCCUCGGCCUUCACAAUAUUCGUCUUGCCUCGAUGUUCCCUCGCGAUCCAAAACGCAUCACCCCAUAA